GCAGGUAGGCUCUCGAAACGGAACAUUAGAACGAUGAACUGUUUUACAGCCAGUGCCCAGGAGUGUGUCGGUGGGAUUACGCAAAGUGGUGUUUCGCCGGAUAGUCUCAGGUCUUAUACAAAAACAAAUAUCCGACGUUAAAACAAUCACUGGAUCUUGGUAGAGGACGGGAAAGCGUAUGUUACUGACAAUGGAAUGAGAGAACUUCAUUCGCGGAAGUAGAUCAAGUUAACUAAUGCUUCUACAUUUCCUCUAUAUGUAUUUUUAGGCUAAAAACGUUUAGCAGCCAUGUCGUUGGUAAAAUUCACCAAGGCGCAACGGUAGAUCUGAAUGGCUUUAGUCCGGGUAGCAGCUAUAUUUUACAUUAACAUCAUAUUUUCAAAAUGCACAACAAAUAGCUUGGCCAGGUUGUGUAUUCUGACUAAAUACGUACAGGUCGUCUAGUCAUGCUACUUUUUAUGUACCACUAUUUAGAAGCAGUGGUAGACCAAGUACAAGACUGAAUAUCAUGUAGCGUUGUAAAGGUAAAAUUCGCCUGUUCAUUUGGGGGCAAAUCGAUGACCUCGUUUUGUUUUUGUUUUGUUUUUUUCUUGCAUUGAAGCCUUUUUGAUAACAAAUUUGAAACCCUAGUCUCACACUUGGACAGGACAGUCCAACUGCACCCUGGAAAAACCACCAAAGCUUGUGUAACCUGGACCCCAACCGAACUGAAUAUUCUCUCAAUUCCCCCUCACUUUUUGGUAUAACCUAGAAGAACCUCACAGAAGAUGGAUGCUGGAAUCCAAAACCAUGAGGAGCACUUUGUGCACGAAAUUUCCAAUCCCGGAGCCCCGGGUUUGUGUCCCGAAAUGCUGGAGGUUGCUGACGAGGCUUGCCAGGCUGGAAACUUCGACCUGGCCGUGGAGAUUUACUCCUCUCAACUGGCCGAUCUUCAUCAACCGGAUCGAGGUCUCUGUCUGCGCAAAGCAGAUGCCUUGGCCAGGGCUGGUCGCAUAGCCGAGGCACUAGAUUCAUAUUGCAUAGCCGCAAAUCUUCAGAGGCUAAGACCCGACGAAAUAGGGUUACUUGUAGAAAGCAUUGCGCGAACAGUUCGCUUGAAAGAACAGGGCGAUUGUAAAAAUACUAGUCAUGAAAACAUAUUAAGUGCAAGGUCAAGUGGAAAUGGGGGCUCUGGUGUGGAUGUAGAUGAUAUCGAAGACGAUCAGUGCUUGGAUAUGUUUUCUUGUAGAAUUUGCAAGUGUUUACUGACCGAACCAACAACUUUAGAGUGCGGUCAUACUUUCUGCAAACGGUGUUUAGAGGGCGGCGAGAUGAAAGAGUGCAAAAGUUGCCACACGAAACAAAACAAACCUGCCGGAGACUGCCAGGGAAACGGGCUAAGAGUGAACGUAGUAUUGAGCGGCCUGUUGGAGAAAUGGUUCGACUCCGAGACUAAAUCAAGACGAUUAUGGUUAGAAGGGGAAAAUCUAUGGAGAAAACAGCAACUCUCUGACGCUCUGGAGAAGUACAGCAAAGCAAUAGAACUAGUGAAGGGUACGUGUGGGCUGCUGUGUCGCCGUGCCGAGCUGCACAUGGAGAUGAAGAACUUCAGCCAAGCCGCCCAAGACGGCGACAGCAUGUGUCGGCUAAAACCCACGUCACCAAAGGCUCAUUAUGUCAAAGCCAAGGCUCUGAGUGGACUGGGCCGCAGCGAAGAAGCCCUUCAAGAGUACUUGUACUGUGUCGCUCUGAAACCAGACUGGACCGCGGUUAAACACGAAGCCCAGAAGGUGUUGAGUGAAAUGUUCUCAUCGGUGUUUGAAAACGACAGUCUGGCCACAUCCCUGCAUCCCCCUCAGACUGGAGCCUCCCCCCGAAUGAAGCCUGCCUCUCUCAUCAGCUCCCUGCACUCCGCCCUGCCCAGGGACAACCAGAAAGCCUGCUGCUCCAAGGCCUCGGCGUUCGGUUCCACCCAAACCUGCGACAGUGGCGGUGACUCCGGACUGAGUUCCUCUCCGUUAAACCAAACGGGGUUUCCCGGUGAGGAGCCCAAGAGCCUGACAGCUAUCCUCUCUUCACUUCCUGUCCCAAGGAGCCUUAAAAGGAAACGCUCCAGUGACUCUAACAGCUUUGCCCCACCCAGCAAAGUGCUCAAACAAGACGGAGCAUGCUCUUCAUUAGCUCCUGCUGCACAGAUUCUCGGUGGAAGAGUUGUGCCGCCUCAUCUCCUGGACAGCGCGGACAUGGAGUGUUCUCUCUGUAUGAGAUUAUUUUAUGAGCCCGUCACCACUCCCUGUGGUCACACCUUCUGCCUCAAAUGCCUGGAACGCUGCCUGGAUCACAACUCCAACUGCCCUCUGUGCAAGGAGAACCUUUCAGAGUACCUGGCCACGAGGGGCUACCAGAAGACGUUUCUGAUGGAGGAGGUGCUACAGCGCUACCUCAGCGAAGAGCUGGCAGAGAGGAAGAGAGUGCACGAGGACGAGAUGAAAGAACUGUCAAACUUGAACCAAGAAGUGCCCAUCUUCGUCUGCACCAUGGCUUUUCCCACAAUCCCCUGCCCGCUGCACGUCUUCGAGCCGCGGUACAGGCUGAUGAUUCGCCGCUCCAUGGAAACGGGAACGAAACAGUUUGGAAUGUGUAUCGCUGACGAGCUGAAAGGGUUUGCUGAUUAUGGUUGCAUGCUUGAGGUGCGUGAUGUGAAGUUCUUCCCUGACGGACGCUCUGUGGUGGACACCAUAGGAGUGACCCGAUUCAAAGUACUGAGUCACGGCCAGAGAGAUGGCUACCAUACUGCUAAGAUCGACUACCUGGAGGACAAGAAGGUGGAGGGGGAGGAGCUGACGGAGCUGCUGAAGUUACAUGACUCUGUGUAUGAUCAGGCCACGUCCUGGUUCACUUCCCUCAAAGACAACAUGAAGACUCAGAUUCUCAGUCACUUCGGCCACCUGCCCAGCAAAGACCCCGAGCCACAGGGGAACCCCAGCGGGCCAGCUUGGUGCUGGUGGCUGUUGGCGGUUCUUCCGCUGGAGAACCGUGCCCAGCUCACCAUCCUGGCCAUGACCUCUCUGAAAGAUCGCCUCAUCGCCAUCCGCCGCGUCCUCAUCUUUGUCACCCGCAAGCGGCCCCGGUGACGGACGGCCCACCUCGCCUAACCGCCUCCCGGCCCUCCUCUCCUUUAAACGAGGACCCAGGCUGAGGCCUCCUGCUUCCGGAGAGUUCCAAGGGGAACCACUGGAAAAAAAAAAAAAAUCCUCCACCAGCCUCUCCUCUGACUCCGUUUUUGUUCGUUCUCCGCUGCCUAGAAAAAAAUCACCGUCCAACUCUGAAGUGUAGCGACCAGUGGUGCUUUUGCAAGUAGAAGAACAGCGUCUGACUCUCAGAAAAGAUUCAGACACGAUCGUAAACCGAGCGGUUUCAGAGCGUCUGUGGCGAAUCACCGAUCGACAUUUGGCGACGAGCUGUUCGAGCCGUUCGAUUUUCGCGGCGGUUCGUUUAUCACGGUAUUAGAUUAGAAGGACACUUCAAAGAUCCAUCUAUCGCACACGUUAUCAAGAGGCCGUCGAGUUUUACACUUUCGUCACAACGAGGUGACUCCGUUGCACUCAUUGGUUACAGCCUCGUUCGGUUCGUUUAGCGCUACGAUAACCGUUUUCUUCAGUAGAGCUGAUUUUUUUUUUUUUUUUUUUUUUUUUUUUUUUUU